UCGACUCAGCCCCGGUUACCUCUCAAGUCGCCGUACACAAAGGACCGAUAUAUACGAGGCCCGUUACCGAUAGGUUCGUCUUUUACUUACCUACUCUAGCUGAAGACGAGAGCGUCACAAUGGGCACACCUGAGCAGUCAUCCUCCGCCGAGGGGUCAGACGUCAACAUUAAUAUCAAGUCUCUUCCUCCCCCGGCGCCUGCUCCCGCGCCGACCCCCGUAAUUGUUCAAAUCAAUGCGGCUCUCACCCCCGCUGAGUGCUACUGGAAGCUGGUGGAGGCCGGAACCGCUAAGAUGAAAUACAGCUGGUUCAAGCUGGCUGUGGGUGGCAUCCUCGCUGGCAUGUACGUGUCCUUCGGCUUCACUUUCUGCUGCUGCGCCAUUGGCCUGUUGGGCAACACCAUCUAUGGUGCCCUGGCCUUCCCUGUGGGUUUGCUCCUGAUUAUUCUAUGCGGUGCCGAGCUUUACACCGGCAACACCUGCUACAUGUUCGCCGCUAACAUAGAGCGCAAGGCCGCGCUAUGGCACCAUAUCAAGAUUAUCUCCUCUGCUUGGUUCUGGAACCUUGUCGGCGCUCUAAUCAUGGUGCAGCUCGAGAAAGCCGCUCAAAUCUGGGCUCAUCGUGAGGACUGGGUGCACGACAUUGCCUUCAAGAAGAUGGCCCUCGAGUGGCACGUUGUGCUGGUUCGCGGCAUCUUCGCCAACUGGCUGGUCAACCUCGCCGUGUUCCAGGCUGUGGCUGCCCGUGACGUUAUGGGCAAGGCCAUCGGUUGCUGGACCCCCAUCACCACUUUCGUCGCUAUCGGCCUGGAGCAUUGCAUUGCCAACCAGUGGCUGAUCCCCAUGUCUAUCUACCUUGACCCCACCACCAAGCACCCGGUCAGCAUCACCUGGAGGAACUUCGUUGCCAAGAACCUGAUCCCUGCCACCAUUGGCAACUGGAUCGGCGGUGCCAUCAUGGUGGGCCUGAUGAAUGCUGCCUUCCACGGCACCAAGAUCAACGAGUGGAAGGACACCGCUUACGAUAUGACCGUUGGCAAGGUGAUGAAGAAGGUGGAGGACCCCCUGGAGCGCCUGGUGGACAUGUCCCCCGUGCACAAGCACGCUCAAUAAGCAGCCGUAUCAGCGAUUAGGUGUGCGCGCGUCGCCGAUUGGAUUCACCUCUUUGCAGUUAUCAUGUUGCAUAUCUAGGACCUUGCCCUUAUCAUGAAGGUCUCGUGAUCCAUGUAUAAGUGUUCUUUUGCUAAGGACAUCAGGGAGGAGCUUGCACCACGUGAUUCGGAAAAAUUGCUCGGUGUGUAGCUGAUCAUCAUGUUCGCACAUGGUGAUUACGUAUAAUUUGACAUGUCGAAAUAAAUGCUGGAGCUCCAAUAUACACACCUGCGACUUGGCUUUGCGGGAAGCCCUCACACCCGCUUAUGUUUGCUUGGCAGCCGCCGUUGUUUUGUUGCUACAACGCGCAGUACAGCUGUGCCUUUGUUGUAGGUGUCCGCAGGUAGCAGUGUUGCUUGCUCUUUGGUGAUGUGCAUAUUUGUUUUAUCUGCGUCUCAGGCCGGAUUUGCACCCAAUCUGACAGAGAGUUUGGGUGGUAGGUAGGAUAUUUAAAAAUAAUCUUUUGUACGUCGAAAUCAUAAUUCGUGCACGAUUGCACCCCAUAGAAACGCGCUCUUUGCUAGCAUAGACGGCUUCCCGACAACAUGGCCUCCUUGGCUGCUCUCCAAGAGCAUCACAACAGCCUGCUACGUAACUGCCAUUCUCGCCUUAAGGGCUUCACCUAACACGCCUGUACGGCAGCUCAUCUGUCCUUGCUGCUGAUGACGCUGGUCGGAUGAAAGUGCGGCUGUACGGCAAACUGCUCCCACAGGCUCCCAGUACUCCCACUCGCCCUGGCUGGGCACCUGGUUAAAAGACUUCAAC